AUGCUCAUCUCCAAGACCGUGCUCAGCGGGCUUGCCUUGGGAGCGUCCUUCGUUGGCGUUUCUGGUCAGCAGAACUCCACCCGUUGGCCGUUGCAUGACAACGGUUUGACAGACCUUGUAGAAUGGGAUCACUAUAGUUUUUUGAUCAAUGGUCAAAGGCAUUUCGUUUUCUCUGGAGAAUUCCAUUACUGGCGUAUUCCUGUGCCUGAAUUAUGGAGAGAUCUGCUCGAGAAGAUCAAGGCCGCCGGUUUCACUGCCUUUUCGAUCUACAAUCACUGGGGAUAUCAUAGCCCCAAGGCUGGCGUUCUCGACUUCGAGAACGGAGCUCACAACUUCACCGCGAUCAUGACUCUAGCCAAAGAGAUAGGUCUCUACAUGAUCAUCCGGCCGGGCCCAUACGUCAAUGCGGAAGCCAAUGCUGGUGGUCUCCCUCUGUGGGCAACCACAGGUGCCUAUGGAAAGCUCCGGGAUAACGACCCUCGGUACUUGGAGGCUUUGACCCCGUACUGGGCUAACAUUUCUAAAAUCAUUGCCCCUCAUCUCAUCACCAACGGCGGCAAUGUCAUUCUGUAUCAGAUCGAAAAUGAGUACGCUGAGCAGUGGCUUGACGAGGAGACUCAGGAGCCCAACGUCUCUGGCCAGGAAUACAUGCAGUAUUUGGAGGACGUUGCUCGGGAAAAUGGCAUCGAUGCCCCUCUGAUCCAUAAUCUUCCAAACAUGAACGGUCACUCAUGGUCCAAGGACCUCUCCAACGCUACCGGGAAUGUCGAUGUCAUUGGCGUGGAUAGCUAUCCCACUUGCUGGACCUGCAAUGUCAGUGAGUGUGCCUCAACCAACGGAGAGUAUAUCCCAUAUAAAACUUUGAUCUACUACGACUACUUCAAGAAACUCUCACCCACCCAGCCAAGCUUCAUGCCCGAGUUCCAAGGCGGCUCCUACAACCCAUGGGGCGGACCUCAAGGAGGCUGCCCGGAUGACCUUGGCCCGGAUUUCGCGAACCUCUUCUACCGAAACCUGAUCUAUCAGAGAGUCAGUGCUAUCUCACUGUACAUGUUGUACGGCGGUACAAACUGGGGUUGGCACGCCUCAACCGAUGUCGCGACGAGCUACGACUACUCUUCUCCAAUUUCAGAGAACCGGAAACUUAUUGAGAAAUACUACGAGACGAAAGUACUUACUCAAUUCACGAAAAUGGCCCAGGAUCUGACUAAAGUCGAUCGUCUAGGCAACAGCACGAGAUACUCGAGCAACCCAGCUGUUUCAGUUUCUGAGCUACGGAACCCUGACACUGGCGCGGCUUUCUACGUAACUCAGCACGAGUACACCCCAUCCGGAACGGUCGAGAAGUUCACAGUCAAGGUUAACACAUCUGAGGGCGCUCUCACUAUCCCUCAAUACGGCUCCCAGGUCACUCUCAACGGCCACCAAUCCAAGAUCCUCGUCACGGACUUCAGGUUCGGCUCGAAGACGCUCCUUUACUCCACGGCGGAAGUUCUUACCUAUGCUCUCAUUGACGGCAAAGAGGUGCUGGCUCUCUGGGUCCCUACUGGUGAAUCGGGAGAAUUCAGCGUGAAGGGAGUGAACUCGGCCAAGUUUACCGACAAGGGACGUACUGCAAACAUCGAGAUCCACCCUGGGGCAAACAAUGUGACAGUCUCUUUCAUGCAGAGAGCAGGUAUGAGCGUGGUUGAGCUUGGCGAUGGAACCCGCAUUGUUCUUCUCGACCGGUCUGCUGCUCAUGUAUUCUGGUCUCCUCCGCUCAGCAAUGACCCUGCCGAGGCCGGCAACAACACUGUCCUCGUCCAUGGUCCCUACUUGGUUCGCUCGGCUAGACUGGAAGGCUGUGACUUGGAGCUCACUGGAGAUAUCCAGAAUUCCACAAAGGUCAGCAUCUUUGCGCCCAAGUCAGUAUGCUCCGUCAAUUGGAAUGGCAAGAAGACAUCCGUCAAGCCAGCAAAGAGUGGUGUUAUCACCACAACCUUGGGAGGCGGAGCGAAGUUCGAACUCCCCAAGAUCUCCGGCUGGAAACAUGCGGACAGUCUCCCUGAAAUCGCCAAGGACUAUUCCGCCACAAGCAAAGCUGCUACAAAGACGAAUUCGUCCAACCCUACUCCCCCAGCACCGAACAACCCCGUCCUCUACGUGGAUGAGAACGAUAUCCACGUCGGCAACCACAUCUACCGCGCCACGCGCGCAUUCGGCUACUCAGUCUGGCUGAACUCCGAAUUCAUCGGCUCCUGGCUCGGGGCCGCGACAGCCGAGCAGAACGACCAGACAUUCUCGUUCUCCAACGCAACCCUCAGCACCACCGACGGGGAAGACAACACGCUAGUGGUCGUGAUGGACAACUCCGCCCACGACCUGCGCGAAGGAGCCAUCAACCCACGGGGUAUCACAAACGCCACGCUGGUCGGACCCGGAAGCUACACCUUCAGCGAAUGGAAACUGGCCGGCAACGCAGGCUUCGAAGACCACCUGGAUCCGGUGCGCGCGCCGCUCAACGAGGGCAGUCUGUACGCCGAGCGGGUCGGCAUCCAUCUCCCGGGCUAUGAGUUCGACGAGGCCGAAGAGCUGCCUUCUGACAGCACCAGCCUCACCGUCCCGGGCGCUGGUAUUCGCGUCUUCCGCACCGUUGUUCCCCUCUCCGUGCCCUCGGGUCUGGACGUCUCGAUCUCGUUCCGUCUGACGGCGCCCUCGAAUGUGACCUUCACCUCUGCGGAGGGAUAUACCAACCAGCUGCGCGCGCUGCUCUUCGUCAACGGAUACCAGUAUGGUCGUUUCAACCCGUAUAUCGGUCAUCAGAUCGACUUCCCUGUUCCUCCCGGUGUCCUGGAUUACACCGGGGAUAACACGAUUGCGGUGACGGUGUGGAGUCAGAGUGCGGAUGGUGCCGAGAUGAAGAUCGAUUGGAAUGUGGACUAUGUCCAUGAGACUAGCUUCGAUAUGAACUUUGACGGAGCGUACCUGAGACCCGGAUGGAUCGAGGAGAGACGCGAAUAUGCUUGA